AUGCUAACAUUAAAAGGUAGAAAAUUUCCAAAUUUAAAAGUACGAUUUGAUGGAUUUGCACUUUAUGAUUUGGAGCCGAAUCGACGCGAAUUCGAUUCAUAUUUCGAACUCGAAAGUUUUGUUCGUGAUUUAGCUGAUCCAACAUCAAUGCCAGGUGUCACAGUAUUCUUCGGUCAACCAUGGCAUCAUAAUAUUGGUCAUGCACUCUUUGAUGGACUAUACCCGGCUUAUGUUGCUUUAACUCGAUUUCCACCAAGACAUCUUCAACCUUUCCGUUUACUCGCUUCAAUAGAAAGGUGUGAAGAAUGUUGGAGUGAAGAUAUCUAUAGUCGAUUUGCUGGUCUUGGUAUUAUUAAACACUACAUUCUAAAUAGUAUAUCAACUGGUCGAUGGUUUGUAUUUGAUGAACUUGUUAUGGGUAGUGGUACAAUGUGUCAACGUUGUACACAACCAAAUCUACAAUUGCCUGGUGGUGUAGAAAUGAAUGGUACAAGAUUGUUUCGUGAUCGAAUGUACGCUCAACAUGGUGUCAUUGCACCAAUCCCACUUCGAAAAUCGAAUGAAAGACGAAGUCCAAAUGAUAUAUUGUAUGCUUAUGUAAUUGAUAAUAAGCGUUUUUCGGAAGCUGAUAAAAACGAAAUCAAGUCAGCAAUUGAUGAACUUAACAAUUAUACUAUUUCACAUCAGAACAAAAGCAUAACUAAUACAAGCAAACUAGUUUGGCCACUAAUAAAUGUUACUUAUGUUUAUUAUGAUAAAGUCAAAGUUCGUAAUGACACAUCACCUCACUUCAAUUCAACUCGAUUUGAUGCUCGAAUACCAACCUAUGAAUUGAAAGAGAACAAUUUUAUGGCACAAUUACGUUUAUUACGAACAAUGGAUAUUCAUAUUACAGGACCUGGUACAGGACAAAUGUAUCAAACAUUUUUACCAGAUGGAACAGUGAGUAUAAAUCUAGGCGGUUUACUUCCCUGGGCACAGGAACAAUCAAGAAAAGCUUAUGCAUCGUUUCUCGAACAGUACAUGACAUCUGGUACACCCUAUAUCAAAGGUCUUUACUAUCCAAUUAAUGAACGUCGAAAUGGCAUUCAUCGAAGCGAAUUAGUAAAAUUAAUUCGAAAUGCAGCUAAACUCAUUAUCGAUGGAUUUGAAAUUCCAGUUAAUCCAACUGAAAAUUUAGCACCAGAUGGACAAUUAUUUGUUGAACUAUGUGAAAAAGAUCACUAUUUUUGUCAAUAUGCUACUUCACGACAGUCGAAUAUUCAUUUUAAUUGUCUUGAAUUAUGGGUCGAAGAUUUAGUACAUGAACAUAGACAAUGGCAAAUAGGAGGUUUUAUGGAUGGUGCAACAAAUAUUAGUUGUCCAUUUAAUCAUUCACUAUUGUAUGAAUUAAGACAAAAAUAUGGUAUUGAUCAUUUUGAUGAAAGAACGAAUCGAUCAACGCUACUUUCUAAAACUGCUGUAAGUAUAAUUGCUCUGCGUUUAGAACAAGUGUUGCAUUCGAAUUAUUGA